AUGGCCUCUCCACCCGGAAGGAUUUCUGGUCGUUGUAGUCCAGGGCUGCAUUCAACGGCAGCGUCUCCUUCUCGCCUGAAAACUACACUUCCCAAGAGGCGCCGCGGUAAAAAGAGGGGAAGUGGGGCAGGCGAAGCGCGUUUACCUGGACGAGGUGAGGCACGGAAGCGCGGUGGCUGAUGGGAGGUGUAGUUUCCGAGUAGCAGGAGGCUCCAGCGGCGCAGGCGGGCCGUAGGGCCCCAGCGGGACUACAAAUCCCAGAGAGGAGCGGGAGGGAGCGGGGCAGGGCGCCGCCUCAGGGCGGGGGGUACGAAAGGGAGCCGGUUGGAGUCGGCUGUUGCCAACGGCUGUUGGGUCCGCUCGCUCAGGUGAGGCCGGGAAAGGGGCGCGGGUGGGCGGGGCUUGGCGGGGCUGUCUCCCGUCUUUCCCCCCAUUCCUCCUCUCUGAAGGUAGAGCCCCUGAAGAGCCGGAGGAGGGUCCCCCGUUGUCCCUCAGCGAGCAUGGAAGGCUCAGGCAGUGGCGCCUCCUGCUCGGGGGGUCGGGAGGUGGGGGGUCGGGUGGAAUCUCGCCUUGACGUCACCUGCAUUGACCUCCUCCCACUUGACCCUUCCACCCCACCUCCCACAGACAAACAUUUGUGGGCAUCUAGCUUUGCCCCCCUUUCGCUUCCCAUAUGUUUGGGGGAGUCUAGUCUAGACUAUUUCCUCCCCUCCCCUAUGCAUUUGGGCUAAUAUUUUAAUAUUUUACUGUUUCAAUAUUUUAAUGUUGUAUUUUAAUCUUGUUUUUAAGUUGUAUUCAUUCAACUUGUUUUUAUUAUUGCUUGUUAGCCGCCCUGAGCCCGGCCUUGGCUGGGGAGGGCGGGGUAUAAAUAAAAAUUAUUAUUAUUAUUAUUAUUAUCUAACCCUGACCUCCACCUACACACACACACACAUAUUUGGGGGAGUCUCGUCCUGAUACUCCUGUGAACAUACACACGGUUGGGGUUUUUUUGGGAGGAGGGGGGUAUUUUGCCAGGAGCAUUUUGGCACCUGUAUAUUUUUAGGGACCAAGGGUGAAGCUUAUGGGACGGUGUCCUCUUGACUUGUUAAAUAUUUGGGACAGAAGGUUCCCAUCUGUAUUUGUUAUGAAACUUGGUUCUUGUUUUCAUAUGCAUCUUGAUAGAUGCUAUGGGGGGUUGGAGAAAGAAGUGGGCUAGUUUGGGGGGUGAUUUGAAGGAUGGCCUGCAGAUGGGUGGGGUGUACAUAAUAUAUCAUUGAUAUUAUUAUGUGGUGUUUUGCAUAUACAGCCAAUCAGCUGCCCCCUCCCUUUUCCACUGAACUAUAGCUUUACCUGGUGCACACAUGACACCUCAUGGACCAAGUCUGGUUGGAUACUCCCCGCUGCCAACCUGAGUCAGGGGACCUUCGGUACCUACCCUUAAGGUCAGUUGUGCAUAAGAAGUGGGGCCUUCUUGAUGGUGAUCCUGGACCCGAGGUCCUCACCUUGCUCUGUGUAGCCAGUUGUUUAGGUCAGUGUUGAAAACCUUCCUCUCCAAUGCUGUAUUUAACUUGAGAUUCUAAUUAGCCUGCGAGUUACAGAGCAGCUUGUUAAAAGUUUUUUUCUGUGCUUGGCAAUGUGGAUGCUAUAUCUUUAUAACAUGCCCUGCUCUGGUGUGUAUGUUGCUUUGUGAGGACGUAGCCAUCAAGAAUAUAUUUAAUAAAGGAGUUAGUCUCUCACAAAGAGAAUGGCCCAAUAUUGGAUCUCAGAGAUCUCAGGAUCUCACCUAGGAAAAUGAGGAGAAGCUCCCCUAAAAGGGAGAGUGUUUUAGGCCUCACACCUGUAUGUCUGGCUCCCUACAGACACUCUAAACAGAAGUAUGUGGGACUGUAAAACAAGCAAGUUCCAAUAAGGAGAAUAUUAUUUAUUUUAUAAUUCCACUUAAUAUCCCAUCUUCUUCCAAGGCAUACAAGGUGAGGUACCUUUUGUCCUCAGAAGAGCUUUGUAAUGAAGGUUAAGCUGAGAUAGUGACUGGCUCAAGUUCACCAUUGUAAGAAUAGUUUUGCAUGGUGUUUGUUGUGGGUGCAUUUCCCCCAUCUGAAUUUUAUUUAUGAUAAAUAAGUGGGAAUGUCUUUACUCCUUAUUGAAGUGGGGCGGGGAGUAUCUGGGCUCUGGCAUCAGAUUUUUACAGAGAGGCAUAUCUUGGGUUCCCUUAUUAAUUUGACUUUUAAAUGAUCAGGUGACAGGAAAGUGCCUGAGAGCUGCUGCUGCUAGCCAGAGCAGACAAUACUGGGCAAGAUGGAGAGCUUUACCUGGUGCACACCUGACGCCUCAUGGACCAAAUGAGGAAGUUUGGUGGGCCUAGUUAGACCUGCUGACUGGGUACUGGGUCUGGCCUAGUAUAAACAGCAUUUUCGUGUUUCUGUGUUGCAGUUUUAAAGGAAAAGCAACACAUGGCAUCUCAAAAGAUUAACUGACUCAUUUUGGUAGUGUGCUUGUGGAGAAAAUUACCUGGUACCAUGUGCAUGCAGCAGGCAAAGAAUGUAAUGGAUAUACGAGCAACUAGACAAUACAGCCUGUACUCUGCAUCUAUAGAUAAAGUUGGCAGUGGCUGUUGCAAGUUUUCUCAUUUCUACAAUUCAGUAAUGCUUUUAGGUGUGUCAUGGGAACUCUCACAGCUACUGAGUACUGUUCUGAAAAAGCUUCAUGUUCUGAGCUGCAUAUAUCCAAUUCUUCCUUUUCCUGCUAAUUGGGGUGUGUUUGAGGUAUGUGUAAUAAAAAUGGAAACUGCUGCGAAGGUUCCUUAAUUUUUGAACUGCUUGGUGAGACCGGAGCAUCUUACAUAGGUGAGUGGAAGCAUCUGUGCAUUGGAGUUUGACCCCUGUACCCAUGAGGACUAUAAACGUGACUUCCUUAUUGAGCAGGACAAGCAUAAAUUAUCCAGUGAAAGAAACAACAAAAUGACGAACAAAAUGAAUUUCAAUAGGGACAAAUGUAAGAUUCUGCAUGUAUGCAGGAAGAACCAGCUAUACAACUAUAAGAUGGGGGGACACCUGGCUUGCCAGUAGUACAUAUGAAAAGGAUCUUAGUAGACUACAAGCUUAACAUGAGUCAAUAGUGUGAUGUAGCAGCAAAAAAACCUAAUGCUAUUCUAGGCUGCAUCAACAGAAGUAUAGUGUCCUGAUCAACGGAAGUUUUAAAAUGUGGCUCUUUUGGGGGCGCGCGUUAUUGGAUUAUUGUUUUGAUUUUGAUUUUAUAUAGAGUAAUACCUCUGGUUACAUACCAUCCUCCUUGUGAACGCUUCAGGUAACCAGCUCCACUAACCCGGAAGUAGGUGCUCCUGGAAGUGAACUUUGCCUCGGGAUGUGAGUGGAAGUUGCAUGCCAAAGGCACGUGAGCAGUGGGAAGCCCCAUUGGCAAAAGCGCACCUCAUGUUAAGAACGGCUUCAGGAUAAGAACAGACCUCCGGAACAAAUUAAGAUCGGAAACGGAGGUACCACUGUAUUGUGAUCUUUUUUCGUGAACCGUCCUGAGAACUCCGGGUAUAGGGCAGUUUAUAAAUUCAAUGAAUGAAUGAAUAUUACUACUCUAUUCUGUUUUGAUCAGACCACACCUGGAGCCUUAUGAGGAAUGGUUGAGGGAACUGGGUAUGUUUAUGCUGGAAAAGAGGAAACUAAGAGGAGAUGUGAUAGCCAAUGGCUACAAGUUACAAGAAAAGAGAUUUCAAUUAAACAUCAGGAAGAACUUUAAGACAGUAGGAGCUGUUCAACAAUGGAAUGGACAAGGUGGUGGAUUCUCCUUCCUUGGACGUUUUUAAGUGGAGUUUAGAUGGUCAUCUGUCAUGUAUGAUGUAAUUGAGAUUCCUGCAUUGCAGGGGGUUGGACUAGAUUCCAUCCAACUCUACAAUUCUGUGAUUCUAUGAAAAAUGAUCUGGAGCAGGACUGGGGGUUGCUGUGCCUUGAUUCUGUUUCCUUGUUUUGUAUGUCUCCAUCCCUGGAUAGAGAAACCUUUCGUAUUGGGGAUGUCCUGUAGCAAAAGUUUCAUCCAGCUAUGGCAGCUAGAGGUUUUUUAUUAUUAUUAUUUAAAUGACUGUUACAUAAAAGACAGCUGUGUAAUUUAAUACACCAAACUGAAAUAAGUCACCAUUACUGCUGGAAGCAAGGCUGUCCAAAGGGGAGAGGAAUGGGCAUGGUGCCUUAAAUAAUAAAUUGGUCAGAUUCCUGGAAUGGGCAGGGGAUGUCAUUCAAACUUCUUGAAGGUGUUGAUGAAGGAAAAUUUGUUUGUAUAUUUAGCAGACAAUGCAAGGCCCAGCAAGAAAUAGAGGGGUGGGUGGAGAAGCAUUGCAUUUCUGGCAGGAAAAGGAUUCCAAACUUUGAGUUAAGAGAGGGGCUGUGACAGCCUUGAAUUUUCUUGGCUUCUCUGACUUCUGAGCCUUUCUCUGCAAUAUCCUGUUGUCUGAUAAGUCCUAGCCAGGCAUAUUUCAAAUAAAGUGUUUCAAUCCUUUUAAGAAGGUUGAACUAUCUAGCUGGGGCUUUAGAGUCUGGUAUUCUCUCUGCAUCCACAACUCUCGCUAUACUGUGUGCAUUUUGUAAGUCUCACAUAGUCUUGAGUUUUUCUGGGUUGUGUUUGCACUAAUUCCUGCAGCUGUACAAGAAUCGUGAUGAGUCAAAGUUGGCUAGAGCUACCAGCAGAGCAGGCUGUGCAACUGUUGGCAAACUGUAAAAAAGGGGGGGAUGACCCCUUCUCGAGAUGCCAGAAGUUUCCAAAAUGCCAAUGGCUGAGUCAUCUCACUGUGCUUUGGCAAGUAAAGCCCUGUCAGUCUUAGUGUGUUCUUGUCUAGAAACUUAGCCGAGAGACCUAGCUGCCCUGAAAAAAUGGCAGAACCAUGGGAACAUUCUUUGGGGAAAGACAGUAGCUCAGUGGUAGGAAAUCUGCCUUGCAUGCAGAAGGUUCCAAGUUCAAUCCCCAGCAUCUCCAGUUAUGGCAGGGAGAAUCUCCAGUCUGAAACCUGGAGAGUUGAUGCCAGUCAGUGCAGACAGUACUGAGCAGGAUGAACCAAUGGUCUCUUGACUCUGUAAAAGGCAGCUUCCUGUGUUCCUGUGUCUUGCUGGAUGCACCUAGGAUAUGGUGUCCAAAUUUCCAACACAGAUCAUCAUUGCUGAGGCUCUACACUCUGAUCACAACCUUAAAGGUUAGAACUUGGUGAAAUAAAUGGCACUGUUCACUAUAGACCUUAGCAUGAAGUACAGUGGUACCUCGGGUUAAGUACUUAAUUCGUUCCGGAGGUCCGUUCUUAACCUGAAACUGUUCUUAACCUGAAGCACCACUUUAGCUAAUGGGACCUGCUGCUGCUGCCGCACCGCCAGAGCACGAUUUCCGUUCUCAUCCUGAAGCAAAGUUCUUAACCCGAGGUACUAUUUAUGGGUUAGCAGAGUCUGUAACCUGAAGAGUAUGUAACCUGAAGCGUAUGUAACCCGAGGUACCACUGUAGUUGCUUUAGGCAGUGAGUUCUACAGAAAGUCUGACAUUCCUCUUUCUGCAGUGUGUGUGUGUGUGUGAGAGAGAGAGAGAGAGAGAGAACUUUUCCUUUAAGGUACAAAACUGUCUAUGGUCAGCCCUGGAAAAUUUUGAGAACACAUUGACUGUGUGUGUUCGAAAGCUCAGGAAUUGAAAUGGGUUUGAGGAUCUGCCCUACAUUUACUCUAUUAUUUUGAACCUUUAUUUCGCACAAAGUGGACCAGGUUCUGCUAAUGAGAAAGCCCUGAAGUGCAAAGGUGGUGUUCAUGCUCCCAAUAGUCAAGCCUUGGGUUUCUAUUGUCUGCUGCAAUGCUUUCUUCAAGACUUCCGAAACAACCUUACUGCUUUUUUUUUUUUUUUUUUGCCUGGGCCCCAGAAACCUCAUUACUCUGGGCACUAUCUUGGAUAAUGGGGUGGACCUGUACAUUCUUCUUUCUUUGACUUUCCUUACAACUUCUGAACUUUUUAAAAUAACUUUAAAAAAAACAAAAACCAUUUGCUGCCAAUUUUAUUGCUUUCUAUUCUGCUCUUAGCAGCAGGUUUUAUCGACUCCUGCAUGUCACAUUUUACAGCCUAAGAUGCUAUUCUGUUAGUGACCCUAAUUUAUAUCCGUUUUCCUACUUCCAUUUCCCACUCACCCCUAUGUGAGGGUGUGUGGGUUUUAAAAAGUGACCCACAAGAGCCUGUGUUUCUCAGAUAUAGCCAGAAAGCCCUUGUGCACGAGAACAGGUUAAAGGCCUAUCUAGUCCAGCUUUCUUUUCUCAGAGUGAUUAACCAGAAGCCCACAAACAGGACACGAGUGUAACUCUGUGACCCUGCUGUGUAAAAUGCAUGCCAUUAUUAUGCCAUCACAGUGCAUGGCACUUUUACAGAUUAACGAACACAGAAAAAUGCCUUCCCCAAAGAGCUGAAAAUUGAAAAGUCAAUGGAGGGGGAGGAUAUAUAUAUGCAUACUGUUCCGUUACCCAUAUGUGGUCUUAGUGCCCCCCGCAUCUAAUGGUUUGUGUGGAAUGACUUCACAGAGAAGUUGAGCUUUAAAGUGGGAGAUAGACUCUGAAGGUAAAAUGACAAGUAGACUGUGUUGGAUUUGUGAGUGGAGAGAAGAAAGACGACACAGUUGACAUUUAAGGUGAAGCAGAAGCUGGUCUAAUUGUCGAAGGUGAUGAAUUCUGAAUAGAAGGACGAAGGUUAAGGAAUGACAAUGAAAAGUUUGAGAGAAGAAGGUUGUGAUGGUCUUGAUGACGUGAUUUUUCCUCCCUUGUAGGGGCUGAAAGUAGGAGCUGUGGGGCAACCUGAGAUGUGAGAGCACAGGACACAGGAGCCAACUCCUAGGGGCCAAGGGGGCUUCAGUCCCCCCAUAAAAUAUUUAAUAGGACUGGGUCCCCCCAAAGUUGAUGGGCAUUGCCAUUCAAAUGGUGUGCAUGCACCGUGUCAUGUGAUCGAUUUUGUGGGGUGGGGCUUACCUGGCUCUCCCCCCCCCCCCAAUAUUUUAUUCAAGUUGGCACUCCUGGCACAGGAUGCUAUGAAAAGUAUGUGUGAAUAAAGUUCCAGUGAGGAAUAGGACCUUGAGGUGGGUGGCACCUUCUUCCUCUCCUUCCAAAGGCACAGGCCAGUUAAAUAUAUCUAUUGCUAAAAUAAUUUAUAUGCUGCUUUUAAACCAGAAGUUAACAAUGUGGUCCACAACAAAACUUGUUUGUUUGUUUUUAGAAAAAUAUUUGGAUACUAUUUCAUAAAUGAAUGAAUGAAUUUCAUAAAUGAAUACCAAAAAAAGUUUAAAACAGACAUAAAUUCAUCAUUGUGGAAACAUGUACUCUUAAUAUCUUGCAUACUCCUGGCAGAAUAUAAACCUUUUCAGCAGAUGAUCCUCUAGUGUAAAACAUAUGAAACAGCAUUACGGUUCUUUAAAAUUGCAUCUGAGGUAUCUAAGGGCCAGUAAAAACUGGUAAAAUUAACAAAGGCCCAGGAAAAUCUAACUGAAGAGGAGUUUUUACUAGUCAAUGAAAUACUGUAUAUCUUCUGUCACCUGGAUAUCGAGAGAGUCUCCAUUCUGCAAAGGGGGUGCCAGCGGAGAGAGCCUGUCUCCAAGUGGCCAUUAGAUAAAGAUCAGCAGGAGGAGGCAGGACCAAGAGGGCUUCUUCUGAUCACUGUGGUGGGCAGGUAGAUCUACACAGGUGGAGCCAUUGUUUCAGAUAGCGUGGUCCUAAUCUGUGUAUGGCCUUGAAAGUUGCCAGCAGUACCUUUAAAUUUGGCUCUGGAGCAAAUCGGCAGCUAACACCUUUUUCGCAGCUCUGGUGAUGUCGGUGUUAUAUGGUUUCCCACUUAGGAGUCUAGCUGCAGCCUAUUGCUUCCAAACUUGCCGCCAUCACUGCAUCCCAACUGCCCUGUCCCCACCUGAUUGUAUUUGCAGGCCUGUUGCUUUAUUUUAAUGUCUCUUUUUAGGGAGGGUUCAGAAACAUCCUGCUCUGUUCCUCUAAUGCCAGUAUUGAGAUUCAUGCCCAGUCCACAAGUCCUGGCUUCCCACAGCUUGUAUGGACCUGCCUGUCUGCCAGGAUCUCUGCAUUGUCACUUGUGGGAAAAGAUGCUGGCAGAGGGGCAGAAGAACACAAAAGGUGCAAUGAAUUCAGGAAACCUCACCCCAAGCUCAAAUGGGUUGAGAAACACUGAAUUACUUGACUAGUGCUCUUCCUGUAUGUGGCUUAUGGUGUUUUCUUGCACACUGACAUAGCUUGAGCAGAUAAGGCUGCAGUUGGAUGCAACUGGUGAUGGACAAACUGUGGUUAGCAUUAACCUCCAAAUCAUGGUUUUGAAGUGGGCUUGCAAACCAUUAUUGCUGGAUCCAGAUGUCUCAGCAAAGUGUGGUUAGAGCCACCGAGAAUGGGGUGAGAGAGUGUGUUGCGGGGGUGUCAGUGGGGGGAGGGAGCAUGCCAGCCCAAGAUGCUUUCCUGAUGGUCUGAAUCGAGAUUUGUGCGUAAAGGAUUCAUUUUCAGCUUAAUUCCAGCUAAAUAACAAGUAUAAAAUCUGGUGGUAAUAACAGCUAUUUUUCAAGUCAAAUGAAUUGUGCCUUUUGUCUGCUCCUAAUAGAUGAGCCUUCAAAGACCAUUGUUUGAGCCACAAUCCUAGUUAAUAUCCUGCUUUGACAGUCUUCUCUUUAUUUUAAUCAGCUUAAAUACUGAAGCAUUAGAUAUCUUUACAGCCACUAUCACCGAAACCUACUUUAGGAGGGGGAGGAAGGAUUGCUUAGCAUAGCAGAAUAACUGUAACCUUGUGUACGUUGUGUUGGCUUCAUGCGUUUUGCUGAACAACUGUAAUGUUUGAGAGAGAUCCUGCUGUUUUUCUCUUGGGAUGAGUAAAUAGGCUCAGUUGGGAAUGUCCCACUUCUUGCCUGUCUGUUGUGAAGGGCCCCUGGGAUAGGUCCCUGAAUAACUGGGACAGCAUAUACACAGUAUAUAUACUGCUCCAGUUUAGAGUGGUGCAGUCUAUAAAUUAAUAAAUAAUAAUGACAAUAUCUUCUGUCUGCAUGGUGCUUGGAGCUUAACCACGGUCCAUCAAGUCUCCCGUUUCAAUCAUAAAUCUACCAUACGUUUAUUUGUUGGUCUUGGGUACGCUGCUAUCUCUUGGCCUCCAUAGUCCCUGACUUCUUUGCUGGGUAUGGGAACCUGCCUGGGAAGUUGGUGAGUCAAACCAAGAUGACAGCCAGCACUAGUGCCAAUCUAGGGGUCCCUGUGUGCCAGGGGGCACACAAAUUUUGGGUAGGUGCUCAACACCCACACCACGGGGCUCUGAUACGACUUCCAGUUUCUACAUGCAAAGCCUCAGAAGUGACCACUGGUAGAAACUGGAAGUGGCAUCGGAGGUCUUGCGAGGCCUCCGACAUGACCUCCGAGGCCCUGGAAGCGCUGCUGUGGCGCCAAUGUAACAUGAUGUCAUGACAUCAUGUUACAUCGCAGGUGUCACUGGGCACCCACAAUUGGGGGGCCAAGUCAGCACCCCUGACAGCAAGUAAGAGGACAAACGACCAAUGUCGAAACCGCUGGGAAGAAACAGGCUGGAUUAGUGGCCAACUGUGGGUUUGGUGACAAAGGAGAAGUUGCUGGCCUGUUUGCAGGUCCUGGAGACCUCAUGGAACAUCCUGGCUGCUUCCCAAGUAGUAUAUAUAAAGGGGAACCUAGGAAGCUGCCUUAUGCUGAGUUGGACCAUUGGGCCGUCUAGCUCAGUCUGGUUCAUAGCCAUCUAGUCUGCAUUGACUGUUUGCAGCUCUCCAGGCAAGAAGUCUCUCCCAGCCCCACCUGGAGAUGGCGGGAUUGAAAAUGCAAUCUUCAGCAUUCAAGGCAAAUGUUCUACCACCGAGCUACAGCCUUUCCCCCAGGAGGUGAUGGAGCAGUGGCCCUAUCCCUUUGUCAAGAUCCCAGGGUUAGCUGGAAGAAGCUGUUUUGGGUGCCAUAAAACAGGCUCCAUUUCCUUAUCCCAGGCUACAAAGAAAUCUGGAAUCUGGCUCCAUUGGGGGAAAGCUUUAAAAAGGGCACCCGCCCGCUGAGGCACAGAACUGCUGAGAAACUGACUGGACUAUUGACUCCAUAGGUGUGAGGUAAGAAUGACUGAGAAUUGUGUAUAUCAAAGCCCUUUGAUCACUCUGGAAGUGUUCAAUACGUUCUAAGGAGCCCUCUCACUGGAUUUAUCCAGUGUGAUGCUGUGAAGUGAAUCUUGAGGCCAAGCUGACAUCGAGCAGUUCCAGUAGGCAUGCUGGUCCCCCAGCAGUUAACACGUCCCUUAACAAAAUAUAGGCUCCAACAGAGUGAAAAACACAAAACAGUUCAGUCAAAGAGAGAGGCAUAUCAGUUCUUCUGCAAGUGAAGAUAAAUCCAGUGUCCUGUCCUUGAUGAAACAGCCUUGGGGCAGAUAUCCUAAUUUUUAGUAUAAUAAUUUGCAGCUAUGAAAAGCUCCUCGUAAAUGCAUUGUCUGGUUGAGAAGUGCCAUUAUGAGCAUUGAGGCUGGGAAACGGAGGUUCCUAGCUCAAACCAGUGAGUCUGAUUGCUGAUGGUGCAUCGGUCAUUCCAACAGCAGUUAGUUACAUAGAUUACACAUGCUGUGGCUUCGAGGGAUUUUUUGUUGUACGUUGCUGAAGAUAGAUGCUUUUGGAUGAGUGGUGAGCAUGCUUGUUCAAACAAUCCUCUUCAGGUUCUCUGCCGCAAAUGAAGCAAGGGCCGGUGGCAGCUUGCGCAAAGUAACCACGAUGAUGAUGGAUGUGUUAGCAAAUGUCUGUAAACAGAGCCGCUCUUCUCUUUGCCGAUCUCUUCUUUUUUUAACAUCUUGAGGAAACAAUCUCCACAUUUUUAGAGAAGCCGGAGUCGCUUAAAGAAAAAGCAACAGUUAUUUAAUACACUUUGUCACUGGAAGUAAGUAGGUGGGCUGUGGUGUGUUUUGUUGGCUUGAACAUUUCAAUUGCAAUGUAUCGACCCAUUUACCAGUUAGGAUAGUAGCUGUUGUGAACAAACAUUAAUGGUAAAGGUAAAGGGACCCCUGACCAUUAGGUCCAGUCACGGAUGACUCUGGGGUUGCAGCGCUCAUCUCGCUUUACUGGCCAAUGGAGCCAGUGUACAGCUUCCGGGUCAUGUGGCCAGCAUGACUAAGCCACUUCUGCCGAACCAGAGCAGCGCAUGGAAAUGCCUUUUAUCUUCCCACCGGAGCGGUACCUAUUUAACUACUUGCACUUUGAUGUGCUUUAGAACUGCUAGGUUGGCAGAAGCAGGGACCAAGCAACAGGAGCUCACCCCAUUGAGGGGAUUUGAAUCACUGACCUCCUGACCGGCAAGCCCUAGGCUCUGUGGUUUAACCCACGGCGCCACCCAGCUUCAAAUACAGAAACUGCCUGUUGCUGUCACAUCAGCCAAUGUUGGCAAAGCACAGGAGCAUCGGAAGCUACCUUAAAGCAAGUCAGACUAUUUGUGCACCUAGCCCAGAAUUACUCUGACUCUUUCUCUCUUGGAUCUUGGGCAAAGAGGUCUCUCGCGUCGGCUGCCAUCUGGCCAAAUUUCUGGCAUCUCCUGUAAAGAAUGAAUCUGGGACCUGAAAAACACAUUCUUUUCUGAUCCCAUUUCAAGUUCAGUCCCUGUUAUCUGUGGGUAGGGCUUGCAGUGUCUGAAACCCUGGAGAUCCACUCUGUAGUAGACUAGUGGCUUAGCUCAGUAUUGGGCAACUUUUAAUGUUCCAAGUUUAUUUAAAACUAUUCAGAGCCAUCACUUAAAUGGCUCACAGGACUUGGUAAGCCAUCUGCGGAAGGCUUAAUCUUAUGUGUUGUUUGCAAGAGGGAUCUCAUGAACUCCCUGCUAUCUUGCCGGGCCUCUUCAUGCUCUUCUAUCUUGCCCUUGUCUCAGCCCUUUCUUCAAUGGCUCCCCAGGACCUGCUGGGCAUUGUAAGGAAACAGUGGCCACCAAGCAGCCAGUGGGAUUCAGCAGCAGUAUGGCACUCACCCAGCCAGUACCUCAGGAUUUAUUUAUUAAAUUUACACAUUGAUUUUUGGGCAAGAAUUGGCUUACAACAUUUAAAAUCCAGCAGCCAGGUACAAUAGGGAAAUGUAGAUAGGUGCGAUCUCUCAUUUCUGGUCCCUGAUGGAACCUGGAACUUGUUAACGAUCUCUUCCUUCCAGUGGAAGGGAACAGAAUGUGCAAUGGGCUCUGUCUGUUUCUGAUAGUGAAGAGAUCAACCCACCAACUUGGAUCUUCCUUUUAUCUGCAGGCGCUUCCGUCCCCCUGGCAAUGAAACACUAGCGGAGCAACCAUUGUUCACAUUUUAUAAUGGAAACAUUCCAAACUAGGUGCUUGGCCUGAAUCUUUAGGCGGCCCUUUGACUUAAAAGGAAUGUGAUGAAAUCGUCACAGAAGGUUGUCUCUGGGAUGCACCAUUUAUUUGAGUUUAUAGAUUUGGCUUAACCCCAGGCAGUUAGCUAUAUCAGGUAACAACAAUUUCUUCCUUUCUUCUUUGUGAAAGGAACAAGUCUCCGAAGGGCCCGCAAUCUAAACUUGUACAUGUCUCCUUUAGAUGCUCCAAAUGUCAAAAGCAUGAAUAGCGUUGGACUUUGAUGGAGUACAAGCUUUGAUAUCUCUGUUUGGUUUAGGCACAAGAACAGUAGCUCUGCACGUCGUCUUUUUUCAGGUUUUCCCAUCUUCCUCUUUUUAAUAUGCCUGUAUCACCCCCUUGAUGUGUCAGAACUCCUAGAAGUGAGUAGGCAGGGCUGGUUACGAGGAAGAUGAUGGAUGAAGAAUGUUUAUUCCUUCCUUGAGCUCAGCAAGCUAAAUUUAGUGAAGUUUUUGGAGAUGAAGGGAAUGCUUCAUCUUCUAAGGAUGAAGACAGGGGCAGAAGAGGGGUGGAAGCAUCCAAUUAUCACUUAAGAGAAGCAUUUUUCCCUAAUCUUGAUUUAUCAAAAACCCAAUUUGUUCUGUUUAGAUGGUGUGGCUUCCUUUUCAGAUUUUGUUCCCUCUCCGCCUUCCUUUUGAAUCUGGCCAAGAUUGCGUUUAUGUUACUGGGAGCUUCUCAGUUUGUGAAUAUAAAAUUAGAACUUAAUAACAGCCUCAUAAAUAGGUUCACACAAGUUAUUAGCAAACAAAAUUUUACUGGAUGGCAAUUCAGUUUAUGUUACUCAUGGCACAGGGUGGAAGGGAAAGAAUCUUCUUCUUCUUCCUCUUCUUUUGAAAAAGCCUAACAACACAGGAAGAGGCUGCUGGAUCAAGCCAAUGGCUCAGCAUCCUAUUCUCACAGUAGCCAGUCAGAUGCUUGUGGGGAAACCACAAGGAGGACCUGAGCACAAGAGCUCUCUUCUCUCUUGCCAUUUCCAGCAUUGGUAUUAGAAGCAUUACUGCCUUCAACCAUGGAGGCAGAGCAUAGCAUUCAUGACUUGUAGUCGCCACUGGCCUUCUCCCAUACACCAGAAAGAGGUCACACGGAGAAUGGUGACUUCCAUCCCUGAGCUGAUACACUAGAUCUUGAUAGUGUCAUAGCUCUUUCCUAAAGUUUUUAUUUCCUAGACUUUCGUUCAUCAUGGACUGAGCGAGUUUCAGCCGCUCAGCCUCCCCACUUCCUUGCCUUGGAGGUUGUCUGUGGGCUCUGCUGCCUAGCAGGCAGAGGUCAAAUGUUGAAGGAGGGCAAAGAAUGAGGGCAGCAAAUGCCACCUGAAUAAUCAUGGCACCAUAGGGCUGCCAUGUUUGUAUCUCUUAUACCAGACUUUAAAAUGUGGCUUUGAUUUUAUUCCAAUAAUAUUUUGUGGAGCAGCUUUGAGAGCCUUGGGGGAGCUAUAUAGCGGGAUAGAAGCAUUCCAAAUAAAAUCCAUGCUGGGGUUUUAAAAUAACAUUGAGCAUCUUGCUGGUACAGUAAGGCUUCAUUAAUGGAAUUUUAUUUUAUCUCGCCCAUCUUUUAAGAAGCACCCAAUAGCAUAGUCUUCUCUCUCACAAGCACAGACACACACAAUAUUAUCCUCACAUACCCAUUAUUGCCUCCAAACAAGACUGUAAGGUCAGUUAAGCUAAGAAAGGGCAAAAGCAAAAGUUGACCCAGCCCUCCCAAACCACCUCUUCCGUCUCCCCUUAAGAUGCAAAGCCUUUCCAAGUAGUUCAGAAAGAAUAGGCAUAGCUUACUACCUUGUAAAUGCCACGUAUUCAUGUGCACUGUGCAAAGUACUUAAUGUGGAACUUUCAUUUGGGUUGUCUCUUUAUCCUCUGUGUACCCUUGAGAAGUCAGGGUUCCCAUGUUCCCCUGAUUCGAUAUCUGCCCGUUGCAUCUGAAUGCCAUUUUCUGGGAAUCUUGGGUGGAGAGAGAGCUGUGGUGCUUGGGUCUGGCUUACGGGCUUGUUGUGGGCAUCUGGUUGGCCACUGUGAGAUCAGGAUGAUGAACUAGGUGGGCCUCUGGCCUAAUCAAGAACCAGGCGCUGCUUCUGAUAGACGGAUUGCUGAGACUAAGCUGGGAGGUGAAUGCAUAUAAUUAGCAAAGUCUAGGGAAACUUUUCUCUCUUGGGUCCUUCAGAGCAAUUAACAUUUAAUUGGUACUGCCUGUGAAAGCAAAGGCAGGGGAUUCUCAGGCCUUGUAAACAGCCAUUUGCCUGCUUCUUGGUGGCAGGUGGAAAUUUGCCUCCUGGUCCUGACAACUAGGCUGGCAGGCGUCUGUGAACCAGAAUAGAGUUAGGAGGCCACCAACAUGGCAGCAUCCCAGUCGUCGUAUGCCUGUUUUUCAUGCAAAAGCUCCCAGUUAUCAGUCUCCAGCAUCCCCUGCCGAUCAGAGCAAAUAGGCCAGGGCUGGAAGGACAAAGCUGGACUCGGCAUAAGGCAGCUUCUUGUGUUUCCAGGUGUGGCUGACUGAGCUCACUAAAAUUUGCUAAACUUCCAUGUUGAGACUUGUGCACCAGCUCAGCAAGGCUGAGCAAAGCUGCUGCAGUUUGUAAUCUGAAGUGCAAACUUCUGUAAAGUCUUCAGGUCUGUCUCCUGGCCGGGAGGGAAGAAAGGCUGAGUGUGUUGUGUGUGCUGUCUGAAAAGCCAUUUCUGUUUUUGGUCAUUCUCUCUCCCGGUCUCGUAUUGAUCCGGUAUAGCUGAGUGCUGCACCCAGUUGCUUUCUGCUCCCAAUGAGGUUUUUAUCGGCGACGGUGCCAGGCAGUUGCUGUUCCCAUCUGCAACCUCAUUGAUUCCGGGUGUGGAACAGGCUCUGCUUUGAGCCCAACUGAUAAGGCUCCCAGUUUCUUAGCAACCACACAUGUCUUGCAUGAGCAGAAGCUUGUCCUACUGCAGUAGCAGUGACAAUCCUGAAUGUCUCCAAAUUAGCACCAUUUUUUAAAAUGAAAAGCAAGGUAAGGUGCCUGCUUUUCCCCCACCCACCCCCCUUGAGAUCUUUGGUCCACGGUUCUUGUGUGAAGUGGGGAUUAUGGGAGCUCUUUGUACGUUCUCUGCAGCUGAACUAUUUCUCUUUCUUUCUUUCUUUCUUUUAGACUUCCCUCCUUAUUUAGUAUGGCUGUGCCAUGUGUUCUCCUCCUAACUGUUCUUGGGGUGGAAGUAAACAGCAAAUCCUCUGACAGUUUGGUAUGUAUUUUGCAGUGAAUUAAAAGCCUCUAAACAAGGCUAGUUCUAUCCUUUGAGUCCUGGUGCCUAUCCAGAAUUUGAGAAACACGGUGACCUCUGCUAGUGUGUGAAAACAGUCAAGAUCCAAGGAUCCCCAGACAUUCACCUCCAGAUGAUGGAGAAGUCGGGCGUCAUCCUGCCACCUGGGCAUUGUCACUUGGUCACAAGUGGUCGAAAUUUUGAACACCAGUCACAGCAAGCAACAUCUUAGAGCCAGGGUGGGGAUAUCUGUGACGUGCCAGUUUUUGAUAGGCCACAGCCCUGUCCUUUGGCAGCGAUCACUGGGACACAUGGGGAUUGGAGUCCAACAUCUGGAGGGUCAGAGGUUUCCCACCUCUAUAUUAGAGUAGUCUCUGCUACGUGUAAGUGAAGGAGGAGUCCUUCUUUUAAGAAUGCACCUCCCAGGCAUGCACUUGUAAAUAUUGGAUCAUGCGAGAGGAUGCCAAUUCUUUUUAACCAGGUUGGUAUGAGCCAUCGAAAUAUGGUUGAAAGUUGGUGAGCAUUGCCUGGUAAGUUCCCAGAAGCCAGAUGUGAGCUAAGCAUGACAUUUAGGGUUGGGGGAGCAGGGACUUGGUUUUGUGCAUAGCCAUCUGUUCACCUGUUCGCGGUGGUGGGUGGUGUCCAUCAGGACGAGGAGGGUGUAAGGUAGGGAGCCCAACAGUGGGUGGAGCCAGAACCAAUGACGGGUGCAAAUGCAGCCAAUGGCAGGCAGAGCUACCUGAUUCUGAUUUUGACCCCAUCCUUCUCCUCCCUGCUGAGUUCUACACGGGUCGCAUCUGAGACUGAGGAGGAUAAAGCUGACUGCCAGGGCCACCCCUGGACUGGCUGAUAGUAAGAAGGCAGGCAGGCAGAGGUUGUCCGAGGUUGGUGGGGCAGUGCCCCCCACAUUUGUCCUAAUGGGCCAGCGUCUACCAUCUCUCCUGCCCCAUUACUGGUUAGAAACAGCAUUAAACUAUUCAACAUAUGUAGAUCUCUGCAAAUCGGCUGGCUUUGCAUGCUUUAUGCUAGGGGGAACUGACUCUCCAGAUGUUGUUUGGCUGCAGCUCCUAUAAUCCCUGGCCUUGGGCCAUACUAGCUGAGGCCGAUGGCAGGUGUAGUCUAGCAACGUGGAGGGCAGCACGUUGACUACUACUGCUUUAUACAGUUAUUGCAGUCCAGAUGUCCUUAUUACAGGAUUCUUUUAAUAUAAAUAUAUAUAGGACAAUAUUUGCACACUCCUCAUUUAUAAACUGUGCAAAGUGGGGAAUCUUUCUCCUCUGAAGCGGAGCAACCUAGCCCGCACAUCUGUAAAAGUAAUCCAUAUUAUGCUUUCUGUGUGUGCCGUUCUGUGUCCUCCUCCCCUUCUGUCCUUCCACCAGAUGGAUGAAGCCUGCCCCAAUCAUUACAGGUUUGAUUUACAAAGCCGAUCAAGGCUGAGUGAUACACUCUUUCCCCCAUGUGUGCUUUUAAUCUCCUUUACCUGUUUGUUUGUGGGUGACUCAUCAUAUUCAUCUUGAUUUAGAGCCUCUAAGGAAGAGGAGGGUGGGUUACUUGUACUGUACAGUAACAGAAGAAUUCCCUGAGCUGCAGGCUUGUAGUCUAAUUUUAGAAAAACCUGCCCUCUUUCGCUGAAGAAAAUCCCGUUCCCGGUAAGAGGAUAGCCGUUUGUUGCAACGCCUCACGAUCUCACCAGGUUGUUAUCAAGUUGCUUCCAGAUACAACUCAAAAAGGGUUCGAUCUAACCUUUUCUGAAAGCCCUAAACUGUCUGGGUCCAGAAUACCUCCUCCUCCCAGACAAACUUGCUUGGCGUGUUAAGAUCUUUUACAAAUGCCUUUUUCUAUCCGGCCACCCAUUUCACUUCUGAAGGCCAGGGCUACCAGGGGUGGGGUCUUGGGAGAGGAACUGCAGCUGAGUAGUUCUUUCCUGCAUGAGAUCUAAGGUUCAUAAUCUGCCUUUGCCUAUUUAAACCAUGCUGGACUCAUUGCUAAGCCAGGAGUGUUUUUCAUUGAGGUUGUAUUUGGGCCUUAAAUUAUUUUAAAAUCUUGAUUUAAUUGUUGUCGUGGGGGUGGUGGCUUUUUUUAAGUGGAGUAUAAAUGUGCUAGAUUAUGAAUAGGGACUACUUCCCAAGAUCUGCUCUACCUUGACUAAGAACCCAGAACGGAUUGUUAUCUCCUCCAGACCAGGAGUUUGGAAGCUGAAGUCCUCGGGUUAAAAUGCAGUUCUCUCUGUCUGGCCCUGGAGACCCUCCCGAGCCACACCUCCUUCUCAGGCCACGCCCUCUCUUCCUGGGCCACACCCCUCACUGGUUCUGAUCUGUACCCACCUCAGGUCCUUUUGUGUGGCUAGAAUGUGCCCUCAAACUGGGUGAUCCUUCUUGCUUGCCUCUUGUUGACCGCUGGAGAGGUGUGGGUAUAGAUGGGGGGGGGGGGAUGUUGCCUACUCUACAAAUUUCUCGUCCCUUGUUAUGCUCAUGUUUGCCUCUGGUGCCCACCCACCACUGGUAUGCCCCCCUGCCCAAGGUUGCCAUUUCACCCGUCUGAAGCAAGAGACAUUUGAGAUAGCAAAUUUUUCAUUUGUAAUUUUUAUCUGUGAAACAGGCUAUAGUAUUUCCGCAAAGCAGCUUAGUCCCCGCUUAAAAUUCAACGCACAGUGCCAGUGGCAGGUGCUGUGUCUAAAUGAAAUUAUUAUUUAUUUAGUCGGCAAAUUUCAUAGCCUGCUUUUCUGCAAUUGUUCUGGCGGCAGGUUACUGUUAAAGUGGGGUUGGGGAAGUACCAAUAAAGUUGCAGCGAUAGCAAUAAAACAUUGUCAAGGGAGAGAAGCAAACAAAGAGCUUGGCAAUCGGGCAGCACCUUAGUCAUAAAAAGGCUUGCCUGAAGAGACCUUGACGGCUCACUUGAAAGGGCCACGUCUCCCGAAGUUGUCUCGCCAAGCUCAGUGGCGGGUUUCUUAGUAAUUGGAGUUUCUCAUGUCAUUGGAAAUUUCCUUGGCCCCAGCUCCAUAAAGCUACUUUUUAAAAAGCAUGCUAAUUAAUAAUUAGCAAGAAUCUUCAGCGGUAGAAGCGUCACUUUUCUGAACCCUUCAAGGAACAGUUUUAUGGAGAGAUCUUAGGCCAGUUUCCUGUCAAAUAGCAAAAAGGAUACAUAUGGUUUAUAGAUACUGUCUGUCAUGACUGUCUGGGCGCAUCUCUGCAUAUUCCAGAAAGGAGCAGCUCCCUUGCCAACGUGCGUGAGUGUGCGUCCGUGCAAACAUGCGCCUCCUCCACAACCUCAUCCCUUGUUUCAAAAUGUCAUGCAUGUUGUUGACAAGAAAUAUAUGGCAUCCGCCUUCUCGUCACAGCAUUUUUGCCUGAAGAAGAGCUGGCGUGUUGUUGCUUCCCUCCCUAUGCUGUGUUGGCACUUUUGCAUGCACCCAAUGAACAUUGGAAAAGCAUAAUGUUCCACUCAUGCUCUGCUUGCGUGUUCUGAAAGUACGCUGAACCCCUUACUCCUGCUUCCUCUGGUUCUCCGCUUGUCUUCAGCUGCCAUUUUGGAUGGGCCGUUUCAGAGCGUGUGGACCCUAUUUCUAUAGCAUGGUUAGCCAAUCAGACCCAGUGGCCCAAGCUGGGAGUUUGUGACACUCUGGCACAGGGUUAGGGUUAUGCAUAGGAAGCUGCUUUCUACCGAGUCAGAUCAUUGGACCAUCAAUCUCAGUACUGCCUGCACUGACUGGCAGCCAAUCUCUGCGGUUUCAGGCAGGGAGUCAUUUCCAGCCCUACCUAGAGAUGCCAGGGAUUGAACUUCAGGUCUUCUGCAUGCAAAACAGAUACUCUACCAAUGAAUACUGCCUUCCCCUGCUCCCCACUUGGCAAACAUAGAACUGGGGUGAAAAAUGGUCGUUUGGGUUCUGCUGGUAGAUCUCUGGAUAUUUUGCAAUAGGCCGGCAAAAGGUUUCUGUCUCCCAAUUGGUCUAACAAUUGGCACAACAAAAGGGGCUUUUCCUUCUCUCCCGCCCCCUUGUCCCCUGCUGAAAUGAAUAAACCUGGGGACGGGAUUACAAAGGGUAGGUUUGCAGCAGGAAAAGGUGUGGUGUGUACACAGCCUGGAUCAGCAACACCUGCAGACCCACAACUUCCUCUGGUGAAGGUGAACAGGACUUGAAAGCAAGGCACGCCCAUCCUUGAGCAUCCACAGAUUCUCCUCACCAGUUAGCUGUGACUGCAUACAGGAGGAACUGCUUGGUCUUUCCCUGAAAAGGAUUCCCACCUCUUCUUCGUGUGCAUAAAUGGUUGAGCAAAUCUGUGCUGUGAGAACCCGACUUGGGGGGGGGGUGUUCAUUCCAGAUGUGAAGAUCCACCCUAUGAGAAUGAAUCGUUCUUGUUUUCUUUCUUUCAUCCUACUACUGAAUGUUGUGCCUUUAAAAAGGCACCCCUUUGGGGAAAGGUUAAGCUGUGUACACUUUGCAAGGAAUACUAGCCUGUAAGCUUUUUUCCUCCACACACAGUUGUUACUCAACCCCCCCCCCCCAAAAAAAAUCCAUGUUGUUCAUGCUUGUGUGUGGGUUGUGAGACUCCCCUCUACUUAUUAGGCAAUGUCAUGAAACUGGAGUUCAGCUGAGUUUGCACUCUUGGUGUAAAAGUGAAUGGAAAUUUUUACAUGAACUGAGAAUCUUUAUUUUCCUCUAUUGCUCUAGGAAUCGGAGUUGGAAUGUUGUAUGGAUGCAAUGGAGACCAAUACCACCUGUCUAGCCGAGAACCAGUGCAGUCCAGGUAAGUUAUUGGUGGUUGUUACGCACUAAUCCAGUGGUUCCCAAACUCCUUUCCCUACAGGCCGCUUGAAAAUGUCUGAGGGUCUUGCUGAACCACUUAAUGAUUUCUCUUCCCACUUUAGCCAUUGUAUUGCACUCUGUAUGGAUUUUAAUUGCACUUUUAAGCAGCUGCUUUUAUUUAUUUUUCUAUAUUGUAUUUCUCAGGACUACAACAUAUAAGAAAUAAAAGAAGCAAUAAAAAGGAGCAUUUGUCGUGGUUCUUCCUACACUUUUAUCCCCACAACAGCCCUGUGAGGUAGACUAAGCUGAAUGAUGGGGAUUGGCCCAACAUCAACCUAGGUCUUAAACCAGAGACUCACCAGCCUUAAUUGAAUAACUUUCACCCUGUGGUGAUGUAUGUUAGGGCAUCAGGAGACCGCUCCCAGACAAAGCUGCAGUAAAGACCCACAUAUUUAGUUGCAAGCCUCUUCUAUCUAGCCUUGCAGACUCUCUUUCUGGGGUAGGGGAAAGCAGAGUACAAACUGAUCCUUUAGGUCCUUGUCUGGCUUAAUUAUAUUAAUUCUAUAUCACAGCAAUUUAUGUCCACACACUUCUGCACAACCAACCCUGCGUACAGCCACUUGCCACAGCCCAGAAAUACAAUUUUCCAAAGAAUGAGCUGAUAAUUUUUGCUGAGCGUAGCCUUGCAUCUUGGGCACGGUAGGGGAGGUAAGUGGCCUAGGGACUUCCAGUCAAACGACCAAAGAACAUGUCAGAAAAUUCUGGUUGGCAAAUUAGUGGCCCCUUUUAAAACUAAAAAGUUAAUAAAUUGCUGGCUCCCCCCUGUCUUGGGUUACAUUAAUGUUGCAACAUAACCUUUGAGGUUUUGUUGUUGAGAGUGAUGUAUCGAGGAGGGGAGCUGCUGAACAGUUGCCAAUAAAUUCCAGAUUUCGGUUUUUCAUAUAUUUCAAAAGGUUAAUCGAUCACUAUCUUCAGUGCCACUAAAAGAGCUUUGUUGUCAUUUUCUCCUUCCUUUUUUUAUAUUACUGUCAGAUAGCUUUGCCCUCCCAGUAGGUCUGUUUUUAUGUUUAGAUUAAAUGUCAGAUGUAAUUUAUCACCAAGGGUAUCUAAUGUGCCGCUUCCAGCUGAGGGAAGCGGAACAGCCGUGUUUGUUUCCCAAUCAGUGCCUCGCUCAUCAUGUGCUUUAUGGAAUAAUUGAUCCCCAUCGCUGGCUGCGGAGGGCUGGCCUGGUGAGGCUACUAGGCAGCCGGUUUGGGCUCCUGAGAUCAAAACAGCAGCUCUCCACGGCUGAUGCACUCCAGCCAUUUGUCCAGAAAGGUUGAAUGGGGGGAAAAUAGCUUUGCCCUCUUCCGUGUUGCAUUGCAGAGUGCCACGUUAAAGUAAGGACAGAGCCCCCUGAGGAGCUUACAAGUUAUGGGCAUAGCUGUCAAUGUUUCCCUUUUUUUAAGGGAAAUUCCCUUAUUCCAAAUAGGAUUCCUCACAAGAAAAGGGAAAAGUUGACAGCUAUGGUUAUGGGCAUAAGAACUCCCCUGCAGGAUUUACCGUAUUUUUUGCUCUAUAAGACUCACUUUUUCCCUCCUAAAAAGUAAGGGGAAAUGUGUGUGCAUCUUAUGGAGCAAAUGCAGGCUGUGCAGCUAUCCCAGAAGCCAGAACAGCAAGAGAGAUUGCUGCUUUCACUGCACAGUGAUCCCUCUUGCUGUUCUGAGAUUCAGAAUAUUUUUUUUGUUUUUGUUUUCCUCCUCCAAAAACUAGGUGCAUCUUGUGGUCUUGUGCGUCUUAUAGAGCGAAAAAUACGGUAAUCAAAGACCCACCCAGACCAGUGCUUUGCCUACAUUAGGGCAGCAAGAUGCCUCUGUGAAGAUCACAAGCAGCAGAUAAAGGCAGUAAACCUCCCCUCUUUGUUUCUUGCUAACAAGGGAUGAAUGCUUGGGAUGGGUGGAGUUGCUCUAGAACAGGCAUGUCCAAAGUCCGUUUCGGGGGUCUAAUCCGGCCCUCCGGUUGAUUUUACUUUAGGGUAAAAUUGUAAAAAAAGCUCAACAACUUCAAUCCCCAUGCAUCAGCUCUCGCACAUGUUCACUUGAUCAAAUGUGGCCCUCUUUGAAAAAAGUUUGGGCACCCCUGCUCUCAAACUUGGAACUCUCUCCUUUUUACCCAGCACCCAUUCUGACCUGGGGCUUACAGGGCAAUAAUAGCACACAAAUCCAUCAGGUUCUGGAAGCUCAUGGGGCAAGUCUUCAGCCACGUUCCAAAGAUGCAUGCAGUUGUUACGUUCCCAAGGAGUGUGGUGGACACAUGUGUUUCUCAAAAUGCAAGGGGCUUGCCUUCUCCACCCUGCUUUUGCUGCCUGCCUCAUCAGCAGUGAAGGCGGAGACAUUAGGGCAAUUGGCAUUGCCCCACCAACCUCAGCCAAACCCCGCCUGCUUGCCCAUUUUUUACAACCGGUGAGGGACGGAUUCUGUCCGUGCUUGGCUCUGCCUCCAGCUCCUGCUGACACCCCUGCUUUCUGCACAACGGGCACCAGCAACCACAGCUAACUGCUGUGUUUUCAAGCUGUUUGCAGGGAAAGAACCUGCCGUAGGUGAAAAUUCGAAAACAUUGCGGGGUGCGCCUAAACCUCUCUCCAUCCCCUGGGUCGGAGCCCUCUUGCUCACAAAACUAUUUGAAUUCUGUCGCUCAGACCUCAUGCAAGUGUCCCAGGCCCUAUGCAAGGAGCUGUGAGGAAAUGGGCCUUUGGGGCAGUCAGACGAAUGAAGUGGGUUUCAUCCGAUGCUUGUUUCUGCAUGAAAGGUACUUCUGAGGCUUCUUCUUUUUUGACUCUUCUCAUUCUGCCUUCAUCCUUUUGUUCCCCACCCCCUCGCAUGCAGGCUGCUACAGGCGGUGGAAUGAGGAUGGCAGCAGCAGCUGCAUCAAAUGUGAUAACGAAACUGUCGCUGCCACGCCGGCGUACAACCUGACUGACUGCCGAAACAGUAAGCCAUCUGUGCAGCGUGUUCUUCCCCAAUUUGAGCCCUUAUAGGAAAGGCCUUCAUAGGGGCUUCUUUCUGUGCUUCCCUUAGUUUAGACUUCUAAGUUUAGAGAAAAGGUGCAGAACAGAUGACACAGCAGAGGUGUAUGAAGUCAUGUGUCGUGUGCAGAAAGUGGAUAGGAAGACUUUCCCUCCCUCUCACAUAACACGAGAACUUGGGGCAUCCAGUGAAGCUUGGGAGAUUCGGGACAGGCAAAAGAAAACACUUCUUCACACAGCACAUGGUUAAACUGUGGAACUCCCUCCCACUGGAGGCAGUGAUGGCUGCCAACUUGGAUGGAUUUAAAAGAGGAUUGGACAGAUCAAUGGAGGAUAAGGUUUAUCACUGCGAUGGCUGUGUUCUACCUCCACAGCCAGAGGCGGUAUUCCUCUGAAGACCCUUUGCUGGGAAUUGCAAGAGUGGAGAGAGCUGUUUCACUCAAGCCCUGCCUGCAGGCUUCCCAGUGGUUUGCCGCUGUGAGAACAGGAUGCUGGAUCCUGAUAGGCCUUUAGGCUGAUCCGGCUCCAAGGCUCUUCUUAAAUUCCUUCUCAAGCAUCCUGUUGAUGCCCUUAUUCUCUAGAUUGCUUCCUCCCAACCCUCCAACAGAGGUCACUACAGAGCACUUUUAGGCUUACUUUCCUGAGAUACAGUUGUUCAAAGUUGUAAUCAUUCUUCUAUUAGCCACGCUGCAUAUUUCCUAUAGUGCCAUCUGUGCACAUGGUGCAUUACAAAGAGCAGGUGUAACGGAUGCUUGGGAGUCUCUUACUCUGAGUAGGCCCAUUGAAAUUAGUGAAAUGACCAUGAGCUGGGAAGCCUCUCAAGUUUAUAUCCUAUCUUAUCCCUAGACGGCCUUAAAACAGACAAAGCUUAGCUUUCACCCUCUUUUUCCCCACUUCACUUUAGCCGCAGGGGGAAAUUACUGGCUGCUUUACACUGGGAGACAAUGGGAGGUGCUCCCAAAUGUUCCAAAGUGACAUAGAGAGAGAAUUGCAAAAGUAAGACUGUGCUAUGAAUACCAAAUCAACACUAGCAAUGAGGGGGGGAGGGAAUGUGUUUAGUAAAUAGCAGUCGAGUGGCUCCUUAGUAGAGCAUCACCUGCUUUGCAUGUCGGAUCCGGGUCCCAGGUUCAGUCCCUGAAUUAUCCAAAUAUGGUUGGAUAUCUUGGAGAGUGGCUGUCAGUCAGUGUAGACAAUACUGAGUUGGAUGGACCAAUGGUUUAAGGCAGCUUCCUUUGUAUCUUUCAAGGAGGGGAGUCUCGGCCUGUUGCAUUAUACGUAAGCACAAAACCUAAAGCAGACUAAAGGGCGGUGUGUGUGUAAUAGGUAGACCACUUCUGACUUGAACCUAAUGUGAAUUAGGUAACACUUUUUGCUCCUCUCCCCCGCUGGUUCCCUUGUAGACGGUGGCAGAGGAAUGAAUUCCCAGAUGAAUCUAACUACCGUAACCCCAGUUACUCUGGGUGUAGGUGAGUAAUUCUGGGAAGUGGGCUGCGUAUACUGAAGGGGGCUGGAUCAAAAAGGGCUGCUGACACCCCAGUGUUUGUUCAGGUAGCUAUGGCUUUGAACCACCCACAAGGCUACUUCCAUUUUGCCCCACACCUUCUCACCAACUGAGCCAGAUCAGCGGCCUCAAUUACUCUGUUUGUGAAUUCUCCCUUCUGUUAAUACUUCUGUUGCUUUAAGGCACUCAUAGCCCCCUCCCAUCCCACCUCAGGGAGAUUUUCUCCCAGUUUGCUUCUGGAAAAGGAAAUGGGAUAGAGCACCCUUAAAUAGACAAAUUUGGAAAUGAACAAACCUCUGGAGUCCAGACUGCAUCCAUCAUCUCUGACAGUUUUUGUUUUUUUUAAACCAUUAAAGAUGAAAUUGCAAAGAUGUGUCCUGCUGUUGGAAACCAGUUGCUGCCACUCCCUCAAAAAAAAACACCAACCCUGAAAAUUGUGUCUGACACAUAAUUUCAUUGUGUAUAUUUGUUGAUUUUGCCUGGUUUUAUAAUUUUAUUAUGACUUUUUAAAGUCUGCUUUAAUUGCUUGUUUUUAAUGAACACGUUGCACCGUUUUAUGGAAAAUGGCUUAUUUAUGUGUGUGUUUGCUUUUGUUUGAUGGAGUGGCAUAUACAUUUUUUCUGACUAAAUAGUGACAGUUGCGGGGACCCAGUUUUGCCUGUGACGAUGCUAGGAGGCCUGUUCAUCCUCUCUCCUGUCUCUCCUUCACAGGGGGCCCAGAAGUAGCCGCUUCUCUUAUCUUUGGGACGUUCGUCAUCAGCCUCUUCCUCAUACUGUGCGUUGCUUCGUUCUUCUACCUCAAACGUGCCAACAAACUUCCAAAUCUCUUCUACAGAAGGAGCAAAGGUACGCUGCUUCUGUCACUUCCAUCUUUAGCCAAUUUUUUUUUUAGGUGGCUUUGGAUCCAGAUCAACGUGUUGGCACAUCCCAUCUUUCUUCCAUCAUGGAACUCAGGAUGGCUUAUGUGGGUCACCCAGGAGAUCUCCCACCUAGGCAUUGACCAGACCCAGGCCUGGUUAACUCUCAGCAAGAUGCAGCACCGUGUGUCCUCAAUCCAUGCCCUAGGAUAAGUCUUUCCCCAACCUAGUAUCCUCCAGAUGUAGUUGAAGUGCAGCUUCCAUCAUCCCUGGCCAUUGCCCAUCCUGCCCGAGACCGAUGGAAGUUGCAUUUCAGUACACUUCAGUACACCAAAGGAGGCAUUGGCUUUCAAGCUAGACUGUUCCACUGCCAAGCAGUUCUUAGUGUUGAGACAUUUAGCCGAAGUCUAUUUCCUUGCAAACUCCCACCCAUCACUUCUAGCUCUGCCAUCUGCAACAAAAGAGAGCAAGUUUUGUACCAGUGAAUUCCAUGAGUUACCAUAUUUUUCACUCUAUAGGAUGCACCCGACCAUAGGACGCACCUUGUUUUAGAGGGGGAGAACAAGAAAAAAAUUCUCCCCCUCUCUGCACAGCGCCCCUUCGGCGAAGCGGCAGGAGAGGGGUGCUGCGCAGAGAGGGGGAGAAUUUUUUUUUCUUGUUCUCCCCCUCUAAAACAAGGUGCCUUCAGUGAAGGCAACCCGAAGCCUCCAGAGCACGGCGGGAGCUCCCGCUGAUCUCUGGAGGCUUCAGGCGGCUACCUUGGAAGCCUAGAGAGUGAGAGGGGUCGGUGCGAGAGCGAGAGGGAGUUCCCACCGCGCUCCGGAGGCUUCAGGUUCCUUUCGACCUGCUCUUUGGGGCUGGAGGUGGCUUUCCCCAAAGAGCAGGUCGGGGAGCAGCGGAAAGGCUGCGCAUAGCCUUUCCACUGCUCCCCGCGCUUGUGGGGCUGGCGAGGGAAGCCCGGGUUCCCCAUCCCCAGGGACCACACAUUUGCUCCAUAAGACGCACAGACAUUUCCCCUUAGAUUUUAAGAGGGAAAAAUUGCGUCUUAUGGAGUGAAAAAUACGGUAAAUACACAGAAGCAACAGUUCCUUGUUCCAGUCUUUGGGGAUUUGAGCUGACCAGAACUACUUCCAGGUCAUUUUGAAACAAGCAUCCAGCAUAGGGCAGCUUUGUGUGUACAAUUCCUGCAACUGACAUUGGACCAAUUAGAUCACUAAUACUACUAUUCUCUCUUUUAACCCUUCCUCUUUAGGGUCUGUUGUACAGUCUGCUGAAUCAGUAAGUAAAACUCCAGCCUUGAUAAUUAAUCUUGCUUAACAGGAGUAGCAAUAAGUCUGGGUUUCUGGACACAGGCUCCAUAAAAGCUCUGUUUAAGAGCACCGAAACCUACAACAGUUGAUCGCUUCUGUUGAAACCAUUCCUAGUUCAUCUGUUUUGGGGUGGUGGGUUACUGCUUCAGUCUGAUGACUGAAUUGUAGCAGAACUGUGUUUCGGGUUUCAAAACCUCUCAAAUUUGUGCUUGGUGUGGGGCAGUUCCAAGAAUGCAGUUUCACUGGCAUUGGGGGAAGUUAAUGCAGCUUUGGGGAGGACUGUACCACCUUAGAGGUGUGCACAUAUAUGUGUGUAGAAUCGGCUCUCAGAUAAACUGGAAAGUUUGGAGGAAGUCAUAUGAAACUUAGAAGAAAGUUCACUACCCCGAAACUUCUGAGAUACCCUAAUCUUCAUUCUUAUCUUUUCAGGCAUCAAUGUUAUCUCCACCGUCCUCAGGUAAGGAUUCCACCCCCCACCCCAUCCCUUUGGUUUCUGCUAAAAGUCCCUUUUGUCAAGGGGUGGCAAGGAAAAGGAAAACUGAGAGCCCUUGCCUGGAAACUUUAUUUUUAAACAGAUAUACGGCCUCCCCCUUUUAGAGUGCCAUUUUUGUUUGCAUCUUGAUUUGUGGAGAGUUCCUUACAAUAAUCGCCUAAAAACCAAAACCUUUCUCGAUGGCACCUUGCGGCAUUAACGCUGCUAAUCAGGCCCCUCUCCUGUCAUAAAUGCAAAGCUUAUAUUGCCUCAUGAAAAGGUUCUUUCCCCCCGCUUUAAUAGCAUAUUUGGUACUUAAGGGGGUGUGCUUUAAAAGUAGAUGGAUUUCAGGCAGCGAGGGGUUUUAUGGGCGCUUGAGAGAGAAUUACUGAGCUGGUCCUGGCUUCUCGCAGCUCAGACUGUCUCCCGGGUUCCCAAGUGGCUCAUUCUUAGUCUCGGUGGAUUGAAAUGUGCCGUACAGCUCAGAAUAGAUGACAGAUGGAACACAAAAAAUAUAAGGGGUGGUUUGAGUUCUUCCCACCCCGCCCACCCAUGAUUUCUUUUCUUCUGCAAAAUAAUUAUAAAAAGCAUUUGAUGCUCGAAACCAUUCCUAUUCCCUAGAAGUGCACUUGGUCUAAUUGGAAUAUAUUUCUUCUUUAAAGCUUGUUCGUACAAGAAGCCCUUGCACAUAAUGAUUUUUCUAAAACAAAAAAGUGCAUGUAUUUUAUUUUUCCAUUUAUAUCCCACCUUUUCUCCUAAGCUGCUCACGGUCUGGCAUACGUGGUUCUCCCUCUCUUCCAGUUUAUCCUUACAGGUUAGGCUGAGAGACAGUGACUAUUUUGUGGCAGUUUUGAACUGGGGAUUUGACCCUUAGUCUCACACUCUUAACUGUUAUACCAUCCUGGCUUUCAGUUUUUUGGGGGGGGCUCUUAAUCCAGAAAUCCUUUCUCUGCCCCCUACCUUUUAUACUUUGGGGCCAUGCUUUCUUGUGAUGCAGUAAUCACAAAAUCAAAAAAGGUGUAGGUGAGUCAUAUAUUUGGCAAUGGAAGCCAAUUGUCUUUUCAGUGCCUGCUUGAAGGGCUACUUCAUCCAACAGAUGCUUUUUGGAGAGAUCUUUCCCAGUCUGCCUCUGUAUUGGAAUUUGUUUUUCAGAUGUGUUAAUUGUUUUUAUCAAGAGAGACAGUCAGUGUAGACCCUACUGAGCCAGAUGGACAAAUUUGUCUGGACACCGUACACUUCCUAUGUUCCUAGCAAGCGCAUCCAGAUAUGGAUGAUAGGAGUUGUAGUCUUUCACCCUCUGGUGGGCCACGGGUUCUCCCACCUCUGCUCUAGGAAAACCCGAUGCUGACCAGGGAUCUUAAAUAACUUCCAGCCACAAGCGAAGUGACCUAGUUCUUCCCCUCUCAAAAAUCAAGAAAAAAUUGGGGUGCAAGGAAGCAAAAGCAACAUCUAAAGCUAAUCCCUCCCCCAAUUUCCUAUCUUAAGCAGUUAAGUUAAUAGCGUCUCCUUUUCACUUCCCUUUUCUGCAGUCCGCAAACCCCGCUACGUCAGAAGAGAGAGGUCACUGAUGACUUCCGGUACCAGCACAACUAUUUCUGCAGAGACCAGAGUCAGCAAUGUGUAGCAGCCAGUCUUUGGAGCCCUGAGGAAUUGUAAAUACUGGCGUGGGCGGCACGGUGCCCAUGCACCCGGUUGCUAGCAAAAGUGCCAGGAAAACAGCUGAGAAAGUGGCCGGCUGGGAAGAGGGAAAAGAUGCCAGCAGCUUUGCAUCCAAUGGGCUUGUGCCAAUGAAGCAUGGAACGAAGACUCACGAUCAGAGGAGUUCCGGAGAGGGGAGCCAGUUCAGUUAACUGCUCUCAGGCAGGCUGCCAAUUCUGUUUUCUUUCCUGGAUCGUAGCGAAAGACUCUCCGCUCCCCUUUUGGGACGCUGCGUGCUCACUGCACGGCCGCUCCAGCUCCACCAUCGUCUCUGACUGUCAGGAUUUGGAGGUCUGGUUGGCAGCCUGGCUCCUGCACCGCUGGGCCAUUUCUUUUUGAGGAGGUGAACUGGCUUGCGGUGCCCGCUGCUCAGUGUGAAACACAAAAGUGCCAUGUUUUUUUAAUGCCGGUGGGAAGCGUUUGGCAUCUCGUAAUGCAAAAUUUUGCAGCAUGCCUUCAGGUUCUGAGAUGCGAGCUGGGCUGCUAGCCAGGAACUGCUCUUCCAGCGCACCAUGCAAGUCGCUUGCUCUCUCUCUUUUUAAACAAGUGGGUUUUGAACGAGGCCUUAAGCUUAUUGCAGUGUUGUCAUCGCCGAGCCGCUGAAAGAUUUUAUUUCCUUCUCCCCCUUCCUCUGUAUUUCAUGAUGGCGGGCAGUAGAAUUUCCUUCCAGGUUUAUCCACUGAGCACACCCACCUCUAGGAGGCUCUGCUGGUUUUUUGAUGUGUGUGCUUGACAGCGCACGGAGGCAAGAGUGGCCAAACCAUUGUGAGCAAAAAGCACACUCAGUGGCCUCUCAUCUCCAAAUGUUUGGAACAGGAGAGGUGGGAAUUUGCAAAUACUGCAAUAGUUGAUCCAUUUGUUUUGUAUUUUUGCACUCUGUUUUCUUACUCCUCAAGCUCUGCAUCCAUCCUGGGGAACCUGCAGCCCUCCAGACCGCUAGACUACAGUUCCCAUUGUCUCUGAUGGUUGGUUGUGUGUCCUAGGGCUGGCCAGGGCUGGGAACAUCCAGCAACAUCUGAAAGGCCACAGGUUCCCCACCCUGGCUUUCUGUAUCCUUUGUUUCAGCAGUAGUGAAGCUGGUGCUCUCCAGCUUUGAUGGCACUACAACCCCCAUCAUCUCUGGCUCUUGGCCGUCCUGCUGGGACUGAUGGGGGUUGUAGUUAAGUAACAUCUGGAGGGCACUGCAAUGGCUUCCCCUGUUUUAGAUGAUGCCAGGUACCUUUUACAGUACCGUUCAGUGGUGGAGAUGCAGUGUCAACUGUGCAUCCGUGUUUCUUGUCUCCCUAAGAGCCAGAAAACCUGCUCCCCACCUCUGGCGUAGAUUUCACAAUGCAGUUUCAUUUUUUUGACCCUCACAGACUAAAGGGUCCUUCCUGCCUGUCCAAGGAGGAUACAGGAUGCGGUCAGGAUAAGUGCAGAAAUGUCUCACGGCGGGGGCACUUUAAUCUCUUUGGGUUGUCUCCUACUCAGAGUAGACCCAUUGAAAUUAAUCUGAGCCUUGCUCCUUCAUAUCAGUGGGCCCACUCGGGUGAGUAGGACAUCAUUGGAUUCAACCCUCUCAUUUAUUUUAAUGAGCUAAGAUGUAGCUUUGAAAUUGUCCUUCCUAAGCUGGGAGCAUCCUCAUUUUCUUCUGUUUUUAAACAAUGCUUUUGAGCCUCGUCAGGAUGAAAGGGGGGGGGGACGGGACAUCCCCACACCUCCCCGAGUUUUUAGAUUGCUACAAAUCAAAUGUAGAACCACCCAAGGAGGUAUCUCUGACUUAGUCCCCACAGAAGACUCUGCAGUCCACAACCUUCCUCCAAAGGCAAAUGCUUUAUUUCUGUAUGGGGAGUCCUCAACCUUCACUUGCUUAUAUUUAUAUCUUUUAUUUAAAUGCAGGUGCCAUUUCUUGAGAUCAGAAUCCUGAGGGGUUUUUGUAUAUUAGCUCCUCUUCUUCUCCCCAUCCUUUUACAAUCUCUCAGAUUCCCUGCAAGUGAAAACACAACUGGGAAGAGACCAGCGGAGAUUCCAAAACUUCUCCCCCCCCCCCCGGGUGGACAUAUUACUAUGCAAUGAUGCCAUGCAAGGAAACCGCCUCCCCUUGCUCGGAUGCAAUCUCCCUUUUUGUAAAGUCAGUACGCUCCCCUUCCUUGUGCAUUUAGGUUGGUGGUGCUGCCCUUUCACCCCAGGCACAGUUCUUUCUGCUAGGCUGCCUGAUGCCCUGCCUUGACCCCAAAGCACAUGCCUCUACUUUCUAAUAGAUGGUUGAAGUCACUCUGGUGUGUGUGUGUGUGUGUGUGUGUGUGUGUGUGUGUGAUCACACCGUUCAAUGCAGGGAAAUCCGUUCUUACUUGCCAGUGUAGUUGUGGGGGGGGGGGGUUGUAUCUCCUGCUGUGCCAUUCUAGUGGAAAAGAGGCAAGUGUGGGCUGCUUUAUUAUUAUUUUUUUACUCCCACUGUUGUGUCAAAUGCAAACUUGUCUUUGUGUACAUCUCUCCCCACUCCCUUACUUUUCCCUUUCACUGGCUUUAAUAAAAGCACACAAAGUCCUGAGUUCGGCG